UGCUGUUGAUAUUUUAUAUUGAUAAUAAGAUUUUGAGCUUUUACGUACAUACAAUAUAUAUCGAGUCCAAAACUGCUACUAUUUUGAAGCAUCUUUUUCGAAAAGUUGAUAUUACGGAGAUACAAGGUGCAGAGCAACAUAUUGCUCACAAAUACGUGUCAUAUGCAGUGUCAUAUCACUUAUCUGGUGCCAGUUACUAUUACUUUGUACAGACCAACUUUUGAAGAAACAAUAUCAUAUACUAUGUGUUGCAAUAAUAAAUGUACAUAUUGUGAUUGUUGAAGAAGACUAAUACAUUAACAAAAUAUAUUAUUAUAGAGAUUCCAUAUAAUUUUUGACAAAAAUAAAUUUAAAACAGUGUGGCCUAUGUCCAGUAAAUAUUAGAAAAAUGUCUUUAGAACAAUGGAUGCAUAUACGACAUACCAUUGAUAUACCAUGGAAAACAUUUGUCAAGGAGUCCUCUAGUGUACAGGAUAAAUCUCCAGAGAAAUGUAUUCAUCAAUUGGCCUUCAAAGGAAAUGAAGCAAAGGCUGCUUAUGAAGAAGUUAUCCACCAAAUUAGUAAUAGCAAUGUUAUGACACCAAAAUUAAAGUACUUAAAAUCAAAAACUGUUGGAAACCAAAGCAACUCUGACACAAAUCAAGCUUUCAUUAAUACACAAUCGAAGAAGACUACAAUUUCUGAAGAUAUUUUAAUAAAAGUCACAAUUAAUACAUUGCUAAAAGCAGUAGAACAAAAGGAUUUAAAAUUUUUACAAAAACAUAUGACAUCAGAAAAUGUGAAUGUAUGCGACGAUUUUGGUUGGACUCCAUUAAUGUCUGCUGCUUAUUGUGGUCAUUUAGAAAUUGUACAGUUUUUGCUAAAUCUUGGGGCUAAUAGAAGAAUUAGGGAUAAGUCUGGUCUUACUGCAGCCCAAUUAGCUUUGAAAAGAAAUUAUUUAAGUAUAGUUGCGCUAUUAAAAAAGAAAUCUGAAUCAAUAUAUAAUAAUAAUCCAUCAUUGAUAACUGUUCCAAAAGUAAAUAAUACAAAUGCUUUAUCAAUAAAAGCAAUAUCUAUGGAAUCUUCGGAACAUGAUGUUUACAAUGUUACACAAGACAAAAUGAAAUUACAACACAACCCAAUAUUUUACUGCGAUGUGUGUAAAGCAACUUUCCAAGAAACAACACAGCAAAAACAUGAAAGCUCUACUUUGCACAUCUUUAAUACAAAGCCAAAAUUGAAGUAUGCAAUAUAUGGAAUAUCAAGACAAAAUAAAGGAUAUAGAAUGCUUUUGAAUACAGGAUGGGAUGAAGAAGUUGGUCUUGGACCUUCUGGAAGAGGAAUAAAAUAUCCAAUUAAAACAUGUUUAAAAACGGAUCGCAAAGGAUUAGGACAACCGGUGGAAAGUGAAUAUAAAGUUACCCAUUUCAAGCCGGGUGAUACUACUGCCAUUAAUAAUAUUAAAACACCUAAACAAAGAGAAAAACCUUUGAAAAAAAGGGACAGGGAAAAACUACUUCACAGAGAAGCCAGAAAAGAAAGAGCUUUACGUAUAGCAUUAUCUUAAAAUAUAUAUAU